AUGAACUCUCGAUCUUGCCCAUUACCAGCCCCUCCCCUUUCUCCUGCCCUUCUCGCUCCCUCCCCACACAGUCUGCCGUGUGUGCUGCAAUAUUCAUGCUGCCACGACACGUGUGUGCCGGAGCAGAAGAGACUGGCGGAUCCCAGAAGGCUCUAUGCACCUGGCCGCCUCUACCACAUGCUCUACACACAGCGCUGCAGCUGUGAGGACCUGCCCCCGGUGGCGCUGACGGCCAUUCCAGUGGAGGGGCGGUUUGAGCACGUGGUGCUGUCGCGCACUGCCACUCGCGACCACACGCUGCCCCUUAUCGCUGCGAAACUGCACCAGUUCCUGCAGACGGUGGACGAGCCUGAUGCUGAAGCAGAAGGCAAGGGGGAUGAGCAGCAGCCAGUCGUGAUGACACCACCAGCAGAAGAGGACCCUGCUGUGCUUGCAGCAGACUAUGAGAGGGAUGAUGAGGGGGAGGAAGAGGAGGAAGUGGAGGAGGAUGGGAUGCAGUUGGGGCAGGCAGACUCGGACAGAACGUCCACAGGAGAUGCUCAGGGUGUGCAGUCGGAGAGUGGCGAGGCUGAUAAAAUUGCCGCCGGUAGCAGUAGUAGUGCUGGUGGCGGUGGUGGGAAGCCGCUGCAGGCGCAUGAAUCGUCAGCGCAAGUGCACAAGCGGUGGCAGGAUCUGAUAGAAGCGUUGAUGUCUGAUGAGUGCCCAUCCGGAGGCAGUGCGGGCCAUGGGCAAAGUGGGGCUGGAGGUAAAGGGUUUGCAUUUAGGAGUAUGAGUUGGAGGCAGCCAUCGUUUGGUGCUCGUCAAUCAUCUGGGGCCGAAAAUAAACACGAGAAGAAAGGAUGGGGAAGGGUGAGGCAGGCUGUGAGAGAUGGGAACAUGGGAGGAACAAGGUGA